AUGAACACCAUGGACAUGACAUCUUCCCCUGUACUCACCAAGAGCAUUCUUGAACCCUAUAAUCCCGUUAUUCAAGAUCCUACACAGUCACCACUAAUCGAUUUGCACCCGUUUAUGAUCGCUCAAGCUUUCUUCGUGGCGGAAACAUAUCGCCUUCUCCCUGAGAUCUACGAGUUACUCUGGCAGACUCUCUACAAACUUCAGUCUCAAGAACAAAUGGCCCGUCAAUCGCGGCCAGCAGCAACACAUGGCCGUCGGAGAGGUGCGCCAUCACCAGACCCAGAACCAGCCGCACCACCCAUCAUCAUUCUUUCCCAAUCCGGACCUGCACGUGUGCCCCGCUUUCAGGUACCAGCAGCAGACGGCGGCGCUGAUCAGGGUCCCUAUCCCCAGCCCCAAAAGCCUACGUCAUCUCCCUCUCAGCAACGUCCUGCACGGUACCACCUCAGGAGUUACUCCCGCAGCAACAACAACAGCAGAGCAGGUGGAAUCGCAACUUCCAAUCCGCCGAAUAAGCCGCCGCCUGAACCGCAUCCAGCGCCGCCUGUUAUUAUCCUCUCCACCAACAUCAAUACCGCAACAACAUCUCCACCUCCAGCGCGCCCCGCUUCAACACCCACAUCCACACCCGCAUUUCCAGCUCCAGCUCCAGCGUCUUCCAACCCCAUCACAAAUUCUCCACCCACCAGUCCUCCCUCAACUUCUCCACCACCCCCGGCUUCACAACAACCACACACAAUGGGUUCCAAAGUCAGCAAACUCAAGGAAAAAAACGCAGACGGCAAACUGCAGCCCUCGCAGGCCCGCCAGGACAAGGAGGAGAUGAAGGAGCCGAGCAAUUAUUACACUACGAGGAGUAAGAGUAUGCGCAAGAAGGCAAAGGCGGGUGCACCGGGUGCGGCGCCUGGGUUGCCGUAG